AUGGCGUUUCUUGCGAAGCUUGGUGCUCUGACGGAUGAGCUUGUCGAGGUUAUAACAUCGACGCCGGACAAGCAGAUCGGCCGGGAGAAAUUCAACCUGCUUCGCGAAUCGUCACUGCGCACCUUGAGAUACCAUAGCUUUCUGAGAACCAACCAAUUCGAAAUCGAGAACCAGCUUGUCGGGCUGGAAGAGCGAUUCAGGGUCCAUCACCGCGAAGGCUUGGCCGAUGCUUUCAGAGAGCGGCUGGAUGCGCUGGCAGAACAUCGCACAAAAUGGCAUCCAGAUAUUCUACACUUCCUCCUUGAGCUUUCCGAUCAGCCGACGCAGAAAACCCAACUUGUCGACCUGGAGCUGCUGAAGGAACCCAAGGGAGAAGCCCAGCCACCGCUUAGAUGGGAGGACAUAGCGAGGGAGGAUGGGUGGAACGACGAUCCCGAUAUUUGGAAGUCUAUCGACUACAGCGAUGGUUCUGCUGAUGAAUAUGUCGAGUCCAAAUCAGACACCGAGAGCGAAUCCGAUGAUACCUCGCUCUUGGGGCUGGAUGUUUCAAUCGGUCGACGACCAGAGGACUUUGAGGUUGUAACUGCAGACGAGACUGCUUUGAAGGAGGUUCAGGAAAGUCAAUCAUGGAGACAAGAAGGGAAAAAGGCAUCAUCCGGCCGGCAACAUAAAGUGCCUAUUACCGAGUUCCAAGCCACAAGAGAGGUUCUGUUUAUGUUGCAGGGCCUUCCCACGACACUCUUCCAGAAAGAUGGAGUUCCCGAUCCCGCUUACCAAAUGUCCAAUAUCACCUGGGACACCUACAAGGCACUGAUUGGCUGGUAUGCGGAAACAGGCCGUCAGAUGUCAUUGUUGCGGACUUUUGCGAAGAAGGCUCAGAAUGCACCCCUUUUCCAGGUCUUUCGUGAUAAUGUACUCGCUAGUCUACGGAUCUUUGACAGAGGGAUCUCUGAUAUUCAGGAGCGUUUAUCAGUACCCCGCGAAGAUACGGUUGUCAGCAUGGUUGCCAUCCUCGAAGAGCUCAAACCGCAGUUGGAGCCUCUGAAAUCCCUUUCUGAGAUCGUUCGGCAACUUUACGAUCCGGCCAACGGUGGUGCAUUCCGUUAUCUGGAGCUUCUUUACGAUGCCAUUGGAGUAGCACAGCUCUCGAGUCGGGAUGCAACCUAUGAUUUUCUUGGUCGGAUCUUCUUCAAUUGCUUUCAAGUCUACCUGCGACCUAUCCGUUUGUGGAUGUCAGAGGGACAGCUUCUACCAGGGGACAAGAUCUUCUUUGUUUCGGAAUCAUCCACCCAGGUACCGCUUCGGCAUGUUUGGCAAGAGCAAUUCAAGCUGAGGAGAACUUCGGAUGGCGUGCUUCACGCUCCCAAUUUCCUGCAACCAAGCGUUGGCAAGAUAUUCACAGCCGGCAAGAGCAUAGUCGUACUUAAGCAUCUCGGCAAGUAUGAUUCCGUUCGAGCGCUGUGGGAACAACUAGAGCCGCCGCUCACCUUCGAGACGGUUUGUCCGCCCGGCCUUGAGCUUGCACCAUUUCCUGAGCUUUUUACGUUGGCCUUCAAUCAGUGGAUGCAGAGCAAGUAUCAUGCAACUUCGGAAACAUUGAAGCAGGCACUAUUUGAAUCCUGCAAGCUCGAGGCCGGUAUUGAGGCACUGAAGUACCUCUACCUCAUGACUGAUGGCGCCGCUACAGAUUCAUUCUGUAAAGGAAUCUUUGCCAGACUGGACGCACUCCGACCUGAUUGGCAUGACAGAUAUUCCUUGACUGGCCUGGCGCAGGAAGCUUUUCUAUCUAGAGUUGACACGACUCGUAUCGUUGUCACUGUUCGUCAGGAAGGCCAGAAGGUUCCUGUCCUAAAUGCUCGCGACAUGGUUCAAAAAGCAUUGCCGGAGAUUGUUUUGCAGUACCGUCUCCCCUGGCCUGUCCAACUUGUGGUUACUCCAGAUACAAUCACCCAUUAUCAGGCCGUCUUUACAUUAUUAAUGCAGCUACGUCGUGCUGCUAGCCUACUGCAACGCAACCGUAUUCUGGAUGAGCUUGCCACACACAGGGACGUAUGGGGCAACCGUGCAUUGUACUACUCGCUCAGAUCGAAGUUGAUGUGGUUUUGCAACUGUCUCCAGACUUACCUGGCGACUUUGGUGUUGGCUCCUUACACAGAGAAGCUUCGACAGAGUUUAAGAGACGCGUAUGACGUAGAUGCCAUGAUCAAGGUUCACGCAACGUUCGUGAGGCAGAUUGUGGAUGCGGCGUGUCUCGGCAAGAAACUGGAUCCCAUACGGGGUGCCAUAUUGGAUAUAAUGGACUUAGCUGCAAAGCUAGAAGACGCGCAAAGCGCGAGUGCCGCCGAAGAAGCCGAGGAGGCUCAGGAAUUGUCCCGCCUCUCGCUUAUGUCCUCGCCAAUGAAGGCAAGUCCCCGCCGGCGAAAGCCGGCCGUUUACGCCGAAGACAGUGACGAUGACGGUACAGAGGGUCAGGGAGGCAGUGCGAAAAGGGGCAUGCUCAAUGCAGGGAAGGGUUACCUCGAGAGUCUGCGGGAGAUUAAAACCGACUUCGAAAGGCACCUGAGAUUCAUCAGUGGGGGGCUGAGAGGGGUUGCCAGGGCUUCAAGCGACGAGGUGGCAGCGAAAUGGGACCUCUUGGCCGAAAUGCUAGAGGCAGGCGUCAAAGAAGGGACUUGA